CCUGCCCUGCCUGCCGCCAGGCCUCUACCAAGCAAGGAAGCAUGUUUAAGUUACAUUCAGGAUGCCAUGCUACAAAAGCAGUGGAAAAGAGCAGCAGAGUUUCUGACCUUCUAUAUUGAGUCAAUAGAGAAAGACUUUUCUAGAGAAUAUGUGAAUCCUUCAGAGAUUAUUUGGAGAACAGGAACUGAGAUUCUGUGCCAUCAUUCCCGUGGCAGCAUGAGAGAGUUCAACUCCUUCAUAGAACAGAUGAAAACUUUGGGAGUAAAAAGGUAUUUAAAGGUUUGUUUAGAGCAUGCCUUUCACCUCCUUUGCAAUGGACUAAUAGACGAUGCUUACCAAAACCUGUCCCUGGCAGAAAGUUGGAGGUAUGGAGAGCAAACAGCCAUUCAGGAUAAAGAAAUGAAACUGAUUCAAGCUUACAGGGGGCUGUUGGACUACUAUAGCUGGUCUAAGCAGAAGAACAUCCUAUUAGAGCAUGGGCUGGAUGGAUUUGAAGACUUGUCUAUUGAACAGGAGAUGCACAGUUGCUUUCGGAAGGCAGCAGUGAACUUAAAGGAGAUUAUUAAAAUACCUGGAGUCUGGGAUCAAUUUGUGAAAUGCUAUGUGGAUUUGUUGGAGUUCUAUGGAGACCAUAACGAAGCCCGCCAAGUAUUAAAUGAAUAUGCCUACAACUCAAAGUUUCCUGCUAAUCCCAAUGCUCAUGUUUACCUCUACCAGUUCCUGAAGAGACAAGGUGCAUCCAAGAAAUCACUCAUAACUGCGCUCAAGAUCUUGCAUGAUGUUGUUCCUUCUCAUGAACUAAUGAUAGAUUUUAAUACCAUGCUUCAAAAAUCAAAGAAAAGAAAAAAGCGUCGUCUGGGGCUUGAAGUUAUUUUUGCAGUCUUGGAUUAUGCUGGCUGGAAGGAAAAUGUAAAGGCGUGGAGCUGUUUGGCAAGACAGAUGAAACAAAUUGUAAUGUCUGAGAAGCAUCUUGACUGGAUCAAACAAGAGUGGAACUCCAGAAAGGACUGGUGGCCAGUCUUCCAUUUUAGCCGUUACUUGGCAAAAAGUAAUUGGAGGGAAAAUGAAAGCCUUUCAUAUGAAAAAGCUCUAGUGGCUGGAAUCUUGCUUGGAAAAGAUUGCAAGUACUUUAAAUAUGUAUCACACCAAGGCUGCAAAGCUCAGGUGAAAAGGUUUCAGCUACUGAAGAAAUUUGUGAAUAAGCAUAAUCCUGUCUACCUGAGAGUCUCUGAUGCUUCAGACUGUUCUGUACAACCUUAAUCAGAAGGUGCCCAUAAGGUUCUUGCUGUAUUUUUAAUUGUCUGUGAAACUGUCUUCUGUAUUGG